CGAAGAGGGUACCGAAGAAGAUCGAAGAUGCCGUUACGAUAUCUUCUCAGUUUUCUGGCCAAUGAACAAGUCGUUGAAAGACUUGCUAAUUCAUACCCCAUUCGUCGUCUGGCUCAGCUGACACAUUACACCUACAGACAGGUAACACUCUGGGGUAAUGAUGCUCUUGAUAAAGCUGUCAAAUCUAGGGAGGCUCCAGAAAAUGUUAAGAAAAACAGCCAGAUGUCAAACAGAGUUGUUUCCUUCUCAAGGAAUUUUUUCAAAAAUGUUCAGGAAGAGAUAGAUAAGAUCCAACAGAAACCAAGACAGUGACAUCAUCACCUGUCCAUUGGUAGUCUUGUGUGAAAUCUUGAGGGGGUUAACCUUUUACAUUUUUGUUCUAGAACAGAAUGGAGAAAGCUAGGAACUUAUGAGAUGGUUGUUUAAAAGUGAUAAGGUGCAAAGAAAAUUGAUUUUUCAGCUUGCCCUAUGGAACCAUUUCCAGCUAGCCCUAAACCUCUUCAUACCAGCCUUUCUUCAUCAGCAGACAAAAAAGUGUCAAUCUCUUACUUGCCCUUUAAGCAAGUGAAAUAUUAAAUCCAUCAGA